AUGGGAAUUAUAUUUGCGUCGCCCGAGUACAAAAAGAUAAUCAAUGGCAAGUCUGCUCCUUCGUUGUGUAACGUAGUCAAUGUCGGGUUGUCGGCUCUCCGCGGUGCUAAUCCGCUGGAAAAUGGCAGACCGGCCAGUAAUGCUUUUGACAGAAUCAAUAGAGAGAGCGCCGUCACGCUGGCAAAGGCGUUUGCUUCACAACAGCAAACUGAGACGACGAAUCCGGCUCCUUUUGUUUAUAUUUCAGCUCAUGACUGGAAUCCUCUAGCACCUCGUGGAUAUAUCCAAUCCAAACGAGCUGCUGAAACCGAAAUCAGUGUCAUUCCCCAUCUCCGAAGCGUGUUCCUCCAACCCGGAUUCAUGUACGACUCAUCCUCCUCAUCCACCGUACGAGAUUCCUUAUCCAAACUGCUCCGCACUGGCGAGUUCAUUUCUAAUGCCACUGGACUCUCCAGUCUCAACCUACUCCCCAACAACCCCUCGAUCUCAGUCCAAGUCGUCGCCCGAGCCACCAUCGAAGCUCUGGACGACCAGUCAGUCUCCGGAGUCGUCUCGCUCGAAGCACUCCAAAAGUUCGCCCACUUCCAGAGCGACCCCAAACCAGUCUAA